GUCCUGAAACUAGUACUGUUGCAAUGUCACACUUCGCAACGCCCUUUAUAGCUAUUAAUUUGGGCUGUGAAAUGGUGUUUGUUAUAGACCAGCGCUUGAAAGCGCAAAAUAUUUCUUUGGACAAAUCUGAAAAAGUACUCACCGAUGUAGUGACUGUUCUAUUUCACCCUAAGCUGCUAGAUGAAUUAUUUACGCCACAACCGGUGGCCACUCACACUCUAAUGAAACAACUACUUCAAGAUAUAUCCGCCUCCUCAAUAAUGAAACUGGAUGAUUAUUCAAUGAGCAAGCUAUGGGAUCUAAUGACGAUGAUCUUCAAAUGGCAAUUGUCUGUAGCGACGAAUCAAAAUAUUUUCGACAUCACCCGCCGACAUCUGCGCAGUGUUGCCAUGCUAAUGCCAGUAUUUUUCCCCAAAUGCAUUAUUGAACAAGUCAUGAGAAGAUUUGAAAAUUUAGCUCACCAAUUUACUGAUGAUGACUAUAAAGGUCUAAGCAAUACACUUUUACUUUGGUUUUCAGAAUAUCAUGCUAAAAUAUCUGUGCUUCUAAGAUUGGGGUUACAAAGAAAAGAUGGAUCGUUUUAUUUACCAUCUACAAUAAGUACGAAUAUUUUACAUAAUGUUGGUGAGAAUAUUUAUAAAUAUGAUAGUAAAAAAAAUCCUAUUGAAGAUUUUGAAAGCCGAAGUGCCGAUACGAAUGAAAUUAACUGUCUCUUAGCAACAAUAGAAAAAGUUCAUUCUAAAAAUAAAAUUGAAUUACAGUUACCCAUUGAAUUCGGAGACACAAGCUCGAGAAAGAAAACUUUGGAAAUACCCAGAGAUAUUCAAUUUGAAACUAUUGAUACAAAUGUUAAAAUUAAGAACCCAGACCUGACUUUCAUUCCUGACAUUCCAAAAUCUCCACAAGAGGACCUGUUAGACAUGUUAGAAAUACCAGGAGAUCAAUCAGGAGAUUCAAUGUAGAUGUCGAGGUGUAAAAUACCUUCUCCCGAUAAAAUUGGAAACUGUAACUGGAUAUGGCUGGCAACACCGAGUUAUUGAUGGACAUGGUAUUGAUUAUUUAGAAAAAUAACUUAGAGAAUACCUAUAAGCACCUACCUGUUGCGUAAUUAAAACAAAUACCUCCCUGUACCUACCUAGGUAAAGGUAUUUGUUUUAGAUAAUUUAUUUACACGAUAUAGUUGAAAUACGUACUAUAUGCAAUAUUUUAUUACCUAUACAUCUAAGACCUAGUUUUAGGUAACGCGUGAUUCAAUCCACGUGGAAAAAUUUAUGCAGAAUUUAAUUUUGUCCUAUCUCUUUUUCCAACUCAUUACUGUUGUGACAAAUUACCGCAAAAUCGAUUCAGUUCUUUAUUCGUUUUAUAGUGAUAGUGUAAUAAACUUACUGAGUUAGAAAGAUCACAUUAUCGUCGCUCUUAUAAAAUAUCAGUAGUAGUAUUAGUAGUUAGUACCUUUCUUACCUACAUAAGUAAAUGUAAUCCUAUAUUUUUUAAUGUUUGGUUCAGUAAAAAUGUAGAUACUUGCAUUAAAUAACUUCUGUAAACGCUCUAAUGGAGUGUACCAAAGAUAAUUUUAAGUUUGUGGCUAGACAAAAUGCUAGUUAUACAAUAUUCAAGUUAGUUUCUUUAAAAUGAUAGUGGAGUAGGUAGGAAAUAUAUUUAAUUUUCUUAUAGGCUUACUAAGAAAAAAUCUAAUAAAAUAAUUAUUUAGUAAUGUAGAAUUUAGAUGACAAAUUCGUAGUAGUAGUAGUAGUAAUAAAGUCAAUUAAAGCAUGUAUUCCGAUUAAUCCUCUCGUCAAAAAUUGAAUUGUCCCUCUGUCUGUAUGUCUGUCAGUGAACCUAGGCGCUUGCUCGGCUUCAACAGGUCAACACAAAUGGUAGAUUUGACUUCUUUUUUCUGUUGAUUUGGCCUUCUGAUAUGUUUCGCCAGCCAAAUUACUAUUUCUCGUAAUGGAGAAAAUAGAAAUCACGGGUCUGUUUUAACAUUGUCUAUGCAUAAAAAAACAAAAUAAUGUUUCUAGUCUAGAGUUAAAUACCAAUUUUUAAAUGGUUAUUCUUUAUGUAACUAUAUUGUAUCUGUAUUAUCUCAUAUGCUACGCAAUCCCCUUUCGCCUGGAAGCAUUUAUUAUAGUCAUUCGACUAUACCUAUAAUAAAAAAGUACCUAAAAAAAGAACACAUUACAUUUAUAAAAAUACUUUAUUUCACACAUCACAAGCUCCGAAACCCCAUACCGUGUACAGGUACAAACACAUCUUUUUAGUUUUCCAUACUCAAACAAAUUUGACUUUUAAUAAAAUGACUUAGAGUUCAUUGUAACAAAAACAUGUGUUUGUAUUUACAAUACGUAACAAAAAUGUUAAUUGCAUUGAAAUGCGAAUACAAUCAUAUAAAACUACUAAAUCUAGUUCUUUGAGAUCUUAUUUACAAAUUGUAUUUACACUUCUUUUACACCUAGUUAUCACUAUAAUAAGUAAGCAGGAGAAAUGCGAUUAUAUAGAAAACUAAUAAUAAUAAUUUAGACAUCGUUGUCUAUCGUCAAUGUUUCUAUUUUGUGAGACAUAUGUACUAAAUUAAUUGAAAUAAACGGAUUUCUUAUGUAAACUAUUCAGGAAUAGCUCAAUUAGUUAAGUGACACCGGGACUCAUA